ACUGAGGCGCCCCGAGCCGUCGGGAGUGUGCGGGGCGCGGCCUGCUCGCUGGGUCCGCCGCGUGCCUCGUCCCCCGCCAGCCCGCCUCGGGCACCUGUCUUCCGGCCUCCGCGCGCCUCUUCCCGGCGGCGUCCCGCGCGGAGCCAGGAUGCUACCGCGGCGGCGGCGAGCGCGGACCGGCUCCCCCGGCGGCCCGGCCCGCCCCGGCCCCGCCUGCCCCUGCCCGCCGCGCUUCCCCGGCAUCGCCAUCCACCUGGCCGAGCCGCGCAUGGGCCGCAGCCGCCGCGCCUUCCUCACGCGCCUGGCGCUCUCUAAGGGCUUCCGGGUCCUGGACGCCUACAGCUCCGAGGUGACGCAUGUGGUAAUGGAACAGACCUCCGCAGAGGAGGCCAGGUGCUGGCAGGAGCGCAGCGCGGCGGCGGCCUCUCCUCCAGAGUGCACCCGCCCGGAGCUGCUGGACAUCAGCUGGUUCACAGAAAGCAUGGCGGCUGGGCGGCCUGUGCCCGUGGAGCGUCGGCACCGUCUGGAGGCGGCUGUGCCCGCAAAAGGGCCACCCGGCCCCGUGAGGGUGCCACCCUACGCCUGCCAGCGCCCCACGCCGCUCACACACCCCAACACCAGCCUCUCGGAGGCUCUGGAGGUGCUCGCAGAGGCCGCAGGCUUUGAGGGCAGUGAGGGCCGCUUCCUCUCCUUCCGCAGAGCUGCCGCGGUGCUCAAGGCCCUUCCGAGCCAGGUCAUGGCCCCGAGCCAGCUGCAGGGGCUGCCCCACUUUGGAGAACACUCCUGCAGGGUCGUCCAGGAGCUGCUGGAACAUGGGGUGUGUGAGGAGGUGGAGAGGGUCCGGCGGUCAGAGCGGUACCAGACCAUGAAGCUUUUCACCAGGAUCUUUGGGGUUGGGGUAAAGACUGCUGACCGCUGGUACCGGGACGGACUGCGGACCCUGGACAGCCUCCACGAACAGCUCCAAAGGCUGACCCAGCAGCAGAGAGCAGGACUCCAGCACUACCGUGAGCUGAGCGUCCCGGUGCAGCGGCCAGAAGCCGAGGCCCUGCAGCAGGAGGUGGAGGCUGCCGCUGUGGACAUCCUGCCCGGGGCCACCGUGACGCUGGUGGGCGGCUUCCGGAGGGGUAAGUUGCACGGCCACGACGUGGACUUGCUGCUCAGCCAUCCCCAGGAGGGCCUGGAGGCAGGGCUCCUGCCCCACGUGAUGUGCCGCCUGGAGAGGCAGGGCCUUGUCCUGUACCACCAGCACCGCCACGGCCACCCUGAAGACGCCGCGCGCCGGACCCGGCACAGCCACACCAUGGACGCCUUUGAGAGGAGUUUCUGCAUUUUCUGCCUGCCACACCCCCCGGGGGCCGCGGCGGGGGGCGCCCACAGGCGGGCCGUGCGCGUGGACCUGGUGGUGGUCCCUGUCAGCCAGCUCCCCUUCGCCCUGCUUGGCUGGACGGGCUCUAAGCACUUCGAGCGGGAGCUGCGCCUCUUCAGCCGGAAGGAGAGAGGGCUGUGCCUGAACAGCCACGGGCUCUUUGACCCUGAGCAGAAGAUGCUGCUCCGUGUGGCCUCCGAGGAAGACAUAUUCAGGCACCUGGGCCUCGAGUACCUUCCUCCAGAGCAGAGAAACGCCUGAACCUGCCUGCCCGGCCCACUCUGCGCUGGCGAGCCAGGCCCUGUGGGCUCCGGGAGAAGCUGCACUGCUGCCCCAGGCCCUCGCCCCUGCCGACCCCUGACUGGAGCCCCACCUUGCAGGGCGCUUCUCCCCCACUCCCCAACUUCCAGUCCAGGAUCUAAUGAAAUGAGCACAUGGUCCAAACCAAGCUCUGUGUUCUGAGCAUGCUGCUGUGAUGGGGGAGCGCGGGGCACCUGGCCCCCAUCGGCUAUGGGAUGAUGGUUGGGGGCAGGGGCCACCAUGGCAGGGUGCCACUGGGCCAGUGAGAACGUGACUGGCACUAUCUCCCUGGUGGGGCGGUUGCAGAGCCCGAGGUGGUGGAUGGCAGUCUCCCAGGGCUCCAAGCCGGGGGAUGAGGGCCUGGAGCCCCCCUGCCCCGAGAGUCUGCCAGCACCUGGAGAGGGACAGGACGUGGAGCUGGGGUGGGGCAGAGACUUUCGGGUGCUGAACCCCACCUCCCAAGCAGGUGUCCCAGCUCUGCCUUUGCUCUUCCAAGCUCUGUCCUCGGGCCUUUAACAGCAGGUCGCUCAGCAUCCCCCCUCGUUCCCCACAUUCCGCAGCUCCCCUCCUCUGCACCCCCCACCUCUGACCCGGCCAUCACGGAGGGAAACUGAGUGUGUGGAGUUCCCCGCUCGGCCCUCGGGCCUGCUCCCGCUCCAGCGCCCUCACUGCUAGACUGUCCACUCGGAACACUGUCCCGACGCACAGGUCUCUGUCAGGUUAGGACUCCCCGGACCACUUGCUGGAAUAAAAAAUAUUUUUUUAAAGUAACUUGCAGAGUAACCUUGACUCUUUUUGGUGUACGGUUUGACGACUUAUAACGUGUAGACACGUCCACCUCCACCAGGCCAGCCUUGAAAUAAAACAGCCAGUGGUUGUACCGGCAAAAUGGGUUUCUUGGGAACGGCAGAGGAGCGCGGUGAGAACAGGACCAGGAGGAGGAGGUUGGGAGGGACUGCUCUGUGCAAGUCCGAUGGAGGAAGUCGGGGGGCUCUGGUGAAGCCUGGGGGCAGGGCAGGCUCCCUCCUGAGCUGGUGUGGCUUCCAGACUCCUCUAAGGGAGGCGGCCUUCCCGCAGCCUGCUCAGCAUCGGGACGCCCCUGCGCUGCCCGUCACCGUCACGUGCUCACGGUGCUUCCCUGUCCCCGCGGGUGUCCUGUGGGAUGUCCCGUGAGUGCAGGGGGACUCCCUGUGCACUUCCGAGACUGACCCCUCCAACGGUGCCUCUGAGAGUCCUCUGGGCGCCCACUGUUCCCCCUUCCACCCGCAGAGCCCCCAGAGUUGGGCCGUCCGCCCGGUGAGAACUUCGUGUCCAGGCUCCAGUGACAACAAGACACCGAGAACCACCACAGACUUGGACAUGCAGGUUUUCCUUUGUCUCGGGCACACGGUGAGAUGCGGGGUUUCCUGGGCUCAUGGGGUGAGGGUAUGCCACUUUCUGAGACCGCGCCGGCUUGUCCUGCAGGGCGCCCGCAUCGCACACGCACCAGCUCGGUGUCCCCAGAGCCCGGCACCGGGUCCUUGGCCACGCUCGCAGUGUCCCGGGGGCGCGUGGCCGUUCUGUGGGCGGGCAAGUGUUCACUCCUCAGCCCAGCACCUCCCGAGCCCACGGCUUACCUUUUACGAGGGCUGCCUUACCCCUGCGCCAGGCUGCCGGUGUCUGUCCUCAUGACUUUGGGUCACAUCUCCGACCCCAGGUUACAAACAAACGUUUUUCUCUGUUUUCUUGUAGAACGUGCGUUUUACACCUAGGUAUGGGACUCAUUUUGAGUUACUUUUGUUGUAAGUCUGAGGCUGAGGUUGACUCUGGUGUCUGCACGUGGAUGCCCGGGGCUCCGGCACCGUCUGGUGACAAGACCAUCUUUUCCCUCCCAGAUUGCCUUUGAGCCUUCCUGAGACGUCUGUUGGCCGUUUUUGUGUGGGGCCGUUGCUGGGUUCUCUUCUGUUCCUCCCUCGCUGUGCCCGUCGCUUCGAAAGUACCAUCCCGACUCGACCGCCCAGAACUGGGGAGCCGGCGAGAGUCCCCUGACUCUGUCCUCCCCACAUUGUUCGGCCUCCUCCUCUCCUGACUCUCCGCAGCGAUUUUAGAGUCCGCUUGUCUGUCUACGAAGCACUACUUCGGGACUCGUGAACACAUGCCGUCUCUGCUCCUGUCUGCUUGACUGCGACCCUUCCGUCCGGGUUGUACGGUUUUCAACAGAGCUCUGUUGGGUUUGCGCCUGACGUCCUCCCCCCUUGCUGCCGUGGCAGAUGCUCUCCGUGUCCAGUUGGUCACUGCGAGCACUCGCAAACCCGCCGACCCUGGUGCGUCACUGUCGGCCCCAACACCAGACAGAAUCACCAUUAGUGUAGAUUUCUGGCCAUUCCAUCUGUCCAUGCCAACAGCCCUGCUGUGUGUGACUGGGAGCGAUUUCAGGUCCCCUGCUACUUGCUUGUGUGGCCUCACUGGCCUGGCCAGAGCCUCCGGGAUGCCACAGGCGGGCGCGGGCCCCUUUGUCCAGCACCCAGUCGUGGGCUUGGCAUUUCCCCAGACCUUAGGGGUCUGGCCUCUGUAGGUGCCCUUUAUCCAGUGGAGGAAGUUAAGCUUUAUUCCUAGUUUUCUGAGUGUUUUUGUCAGGAAGGGGUGUUGGAUUUUGUCAAACACUUUUUUAUCCCAUUCAUUGAGAUGAUCGUGAGUCAUUUCUAUCAAAAAACGUAACGUUCUCCUGAUAUGGUAUAUUAACCGGAUUUCAGAGUUAACCUCCCGGCAUAAAUGUCGUGGUGUACAAAGUCCAUUGUAUUUGCUACUGGAGUCUGUGCUGAAGUUUGUACACAACAGGUCCUGUCUGCAACUGUCUCUGAUGUCUUUGAUGAGUGAUGGUAUCAGGGUCUUUGAUACCGCUCACUUUGACCAACGUGCUUUAUAUUUAUGGUGAGUUCCUUGAAGCCAGCAUGGGAUUGGGUGAUUUUUAAAAGUCCAGAGUAUAACGUGUCUUUAAUUCACCGUGUUUGCUGUGAUAUUGUGAUACACAGGGCACCUGGCUGGCUCAGCCGGUUGGGCAUCCGACUCUUGAUUUCAGUUCAAGUCUUGAUCUCAGGGUCCAGCAACCCAGCCCCGUGCCGGGCGCCUGCUCACUGUGAAGCCUGCUUCUCCUUCUCCCCACUCCUGCUCUCUCUCUUUCUCUCU